GUGUGCGCGCGUGCAGACGCGUGUCCGUUCAGCCGUUUAGAAUCCCCGUAGGUUGGUCACCACUUCGAACGCAUCAUCAAUCACUUUUUUUUUCGGACGCUCUUUGCUAUUUAUAGUUUGUCCGUGAGGCCGUCUAUUAUCUUCCGUUAAGGAUAAUUAUUCUCGAAACGUUCUUUUAACCCUAUCGUUGACGCCUUGUCCAGCGUGUUUAAUCAAUACAUCUCACUUAAGCAUCCUAAUACUUUCUUACUUCGUAAGCCAUGGCUUUAUGACUCGAAAGAAUUUCUUGAUUAACAAUAAGAACAAUAUGUUUGUAAAUACUGAUAGCGCGUGUAAACAGACUUCGGUUAAAGACUUGUUUUCACGACCUUGUCUCUGAUUAGUACACAAUAAACACAGAAAUAAUUUUAUAUUCGUGGUAAUCGUUACAUCGAGAGUGUGUAGAUUUCUAAUGAAGAGGAAAGAAAAUCAAGCAAGAUCGACAGAAACGAAAAGAAGAAGAUAUCUCGCGUUACUUUAACAUAGAAAGAAACUGACUUAAUAAAGAGAUUUGUCUCGUAAAAGCGGCGAAAGUCAAUUUCAAAUCGACGUGUGCAGGAUCAACGACCCUGCGAGCAAAGAAGUCCCAUACGUGCACAUAACACCGUGCAUUGUGCGAGGUCGCGUUGGAAAAGGGGAGGAAAGUGGGGAAGCCAGCGUAGAUUUUGUGUCAAUAGCAUUAAUAGUGGGAGGGGACUGCGGCACGAGUAACAGAUCAAAAAUCGAAUGUAUAUUCGGGGGUGGCCUUAGCAGUGAAUGAAGAGGCAGCUGACAGAGGCCGAGCCCCCCUGCGAUACCUCGAUUCGGGCAGAGGCCGACCGAGACCGUGUGGGCUUUUGUGCUAAGGGUAGCGCAUACCCCUCCACCUUCGCCAAAAGACCCCAUUCUACGUAGUGCAGUAUUAUACUAGUUGCAAGUUCGUUCGUGAUUUUCAGUAUAGUUUGACCCCCGCCUCUUCCCUCGUCCCCUCUAGGACCAAUAGACAAGCCUGAAAGUUCUCUGGAAAACCAAACGGACAAACCAUUCGCUUUUCGAUUCGGUUACACUCUAUACCGUAAAGGGAAAAGACUGCAAGUAGCAGUAUUAGUUUUGCCGGCUCUCGGUACUGACAACGUGCGGACUAAACGUGUGAGUCGGCAAGAAAACUCUACAUCAAGUUCAUCUGAUUAUUUGUGAUAAUAAUGUGAUUCCAGUGUAUCAGUAAGCGAAAUAAAUUUGUAGCUGUAAAUUUCGUCUCGUGGAUAAAAAUAGUGUGUAUAUAUGCGUGCUCGUGGGCGCGUGUAAUGUAUCGGCGAGUGUAAUAUAUGUAUGCGUGUGGGCGCGUGUGAGCGUGCGCGCGCACGCUUGUAAAUUGCUGUGAUAUACAUAUUUAUAUAACAAUAUGCAAUCAAACCCAAAUGAUUAUUGGCGGAAUUGUUCGAGCGAGGAAGAUCUCUCUCUUAUAUUUAGGGAAGAGUGUCAGCCACCGCAGCAGUCAUCACACCACUCACUGCACCAUCCACCGCAUCAUCCAUCGCAUCAUCUACCGCAUCAUCCACCGCAUCAGCCAUUAAGCCAACAACUGCAGCAAAACUUAUUUAAUUAUGCAUCACGAUAUAUCCCAGAACCGUCCAGUUUACUAGAAAAGGCUCUAAUUCACGGCAAGAAAGCUGUAACAGGAAGUUACUAUACAAAUCCAGACAAAUAUUCACCGACUCUCAUUUCUAACAAUCAAAUUACUUCGCGGGAUUGGGAAACGUCCCCGUCCUCGUCUAAUCAAACAUCGCCGAUUGCCGAGUGUAACCAAUCUGUUGCCAACUUACAGGAGCCAUGUCAACAACAGCAAAUUUUUUAUGAACAAAAUUAUACCGACCAUUCCGGCAGUUACAAUAGCUCGAUUUCUAUCUCAAGUCGACCAAGGAUACAGGCCCCGUAUCACCAAACCAUAUAUUCACGGCAACAACAAGAAACAAACUGUAACAACAACAACAGUUACAAACAAAGAAAUAAAUACAGAGAUAUAAAUAAUACAGACGAACGACGACAGCUUCCUUCUUUCGACAGUUCCACAUCAUUUGCAUGGGUAAAUAGGACUAACGCUCAUCAAGCAAACGGAAUGGAACAGAAACGCACGAGGCAGACCUAUACACAGAAACAAACUUUCGAAUUAGAAAAGGAGUUUCAUACCACGCAAUAUCUCCCGAAACAACGUCGCGAACAGCUAUCUUCAAUCUUAAAUUUAUCAGAACGACAGAUUAAAAUUUGGUUCCAAAAUCGACGAAUGAAAGCUAAAAAGACGAAAAGUGAAAAAUCGCAAAAUGACUUCUCUUCAACUACGACUACACCGAUAAAUAAUUUGACAACCAAUGUGUUAGCGAUUCAACGAGAACAGACAUUAAAUCUUUUGCAACAGCCGCAACCGCAAUCAACUCUGCAACAAUUUGACGGAGCAUAUCAGAAUUAUUUUAACAUUCCAUCUUAUCAGCAAGAUAUGUCUUUAAUGCAAUAUCACAACCUCUGAACAUCUCUGAUGAGAAUAUCAAAAAAAUGCAAUAUUCAAUAAUUAAAUAGAGAACUAUUGCAAUGAAGACCAAUGUAGUCAGGUAAGACUUACGUCGGCGUUUCGAAGUCAGCCGAGAUAACCUUCAGAAACGCAGUAUGUCGAACUCGGAACACACAGUUGGUCCUUCACGCCGGUUCGUAAAGAGGGAAUGCCGCGACGACCGAGAUCGGGGCAGCUGACCUUGCAUCACUAUGAUUUAUGGACGAGCGAAACAACGAGCGUUCUACAGCUCAGGUAUCAAAAAAGCUCCGGCCGUUCACACCGCAUUUUCUUCGAAACAUUCCUUUAAUAAUAUUGCAUUUUACGGGGAAAUAUUUGCACACGUCAUUCUCAAAAAUAUUUGGACACAUAAUGCAAAAUUCACAAACAAUUUGAUUGAUGAUAAUGCUCAUAUUUGGCAGCUCUCACUGUCGCUUAACUCAUAAUAACAAGUUAAGCGAUACGUAAACAAUUUUUUUGUUCUAUUAAUUUAUUACUGUCUUUGCGAUAAUUA